AUGGGAAGUAAUAAAAGAUCAGGUGGAACAGUCAGAAGAUCUUCUCAAACGCAUUUAUCACCAGUUGUAGUAAAUGAGGACGAGUGCAAGUCUGAUUGGUUUUUGUCUGUUGAUGCAAUAAAUGUCAGCUCUCAAAUGACCAAUUCUACUUCAGCACCAUCUUCACCGGUACUUUCAUUACGUCGGAGUUUAAAAAUAUUUUCAUCACUUGCACGUGCAAAUGAUGUGUUCUCAUUGAAAGGCAAAUCACAAAAACACGGUAUGAUUUUUUAA